AUGGUGCCCACCUAUAAAAGGGUACGCUACAACGUUCCGUUCCGUAACCAAAACUUCACCAUGAAGCUAUCGUUCUACUCCUUGGUCAUUCUUCUUGGAACCUCAUCAUGGACACUCCAGGAACAGUUACUGCUAGAAGAAGCAAUCGUCCACGCGCUGCUGCGAUACGGUUUACCGAGUCAGCUUGAACACACUACGCUUCUCAUCGAGAGUUUCAACGAGCUACAAAACGAACAUAUUCAACGGACGAUGAUCGAACGAAUUCUGCAACUCCUGCAAGGGAGAUUAGUACUACAGUUCAACAUCUCUUCGGGCAUCCAACAACCGGCUGGGCACAACUUAAUCCUAGUUGAUGGGGAAAGCUCGUUCCGCAAGUUCACUCACGACUGGACCAUGCAUAGGUACGACCUGAACGGGUGCUACUGGAUCGUGCUGAGCUCUGGAGCAGCCUUCAAGAACGCUGUGAACGUCAUCUUGAAAACACUUUGGAAAAUGAAGAUUCUGAUGGGAUUUGUUUUCCUAGUAAAUGGAACGGAGGAGGAAGUCGUUCAGCUGUUCACCUACCGACCGUAUUCUCAGAGUCAUUGCGCCUCGGUCAAACCUAUAGAGAUGCGGUGGAAGGAGGACGAUUUGUUUAGCGAUCGUUUGAAGAACUUUUGGGGCUGUCCGUUGAAAUUUGGAACCUUCGACAAUGCGCCCUACAUUGAGAUACACUGGAAUGAGCAUGGUCAAUCCUACCUGGAAGGUUUCGAAGGGUUGCUGACCAAUGUGAUCGCGAAGAAUCUGAACUUCACGAUCGAUAUCAUCCCUCCUCCGGAUAACGGGAUGUGGGGUUAUCCGAGGGAAGAUGGUAACAGCACCGGUUUGAUGAGGAUAUUGCAAGACAGCGUGGUUGAUUUUGCUGCCAGUUCGCUCGGAUACACCACUGAACGAAGCAAGAUUCUGACAGCUGGACUCUCGCACUAUAACUCCUACAUCGUUUUUGCGGUACCAUCUGGCAGAGCAUAUACGUCCUUUGAGAAACUUUUUCUGCCAUUUAGGUGGAAUACGUGGUACGCCAUUUUCUCGCUUCUAUUGGUAGCAGUGCUUACCAUUAUACUGAUCAACAUUCAAUCGCUUGAAACCUUAGACUUCAUCUACGGGCGGUCAAUACGGGCUCCAAUCAGCAAUCUGUUCAACGUUCUGUUCGGAGGGCCCUUGGUCAAAUGUCCGCAGCUGACCUUUGCCAGAACCCUGCUAGGGCUGUGGUUACUAUAUAGUUUGGUCAUCCGCGCAGCUUAUCAAUGUUCUUUGUACAAAUAUCUGCAGGUACCAAAGAACUUCUCCGCUCCACUGACGAUCGAGGCUAUGCUGGAAGCUGGUCUAUACUUCUACAUGGUCGAUUUGGCUACCGAGUUCUUCAGCAACACACCGGAAGUUUUGGCUAGGGCCAGAUUCAUUUCCCACGCGCAGGGAGCCUUCCAGGAGACGAUCGACCGGAUCGGCCGGGAUGAGUUGGACGGUGCAAUGGUAGUCCUGACGGAUCACAUUGCCUUUCACAACAAGUUUUAUCCGCCGGGGGAGUUUGUACACUGCUCCAGGGAGGUCGUAUGUGGCUUUCCGAUGUCGUUGUACUAUCCGAAGCUGACCUUCCUGCGGAAGGUUUUCGAUCGGGAGGUGCAGCUGAUCGAUUCCAGCGGAUUGGUGAAUUUUUGGGCAUCGCAACUGGCAGACUUUGAUUUUUACAGCGAACGCAAGGGAAAUGCUGCAGCUAAGCCCUUGAAUGUGGACAAUCUGUUUGGGGCAUUUGAAAUACUGCUGGUGCUGGAGGGGACGGCUUCGGUGAUGUUUGUUCUGGAACUGCUCGCCAUAAAGCUGAGGUUGGUAAGAUGGGUUGUCGAUUGGAUGGAGAGUGAUUGA